CCCACUCUCUCUCUCUCUCUCUCUCUCUCUCUACAUGGCAAGGCCACUUCCACUACAGCUUGAUCCCUCCACACCCUUCACCACCACCACCACCACCACCGCUUACCUCCUCCUCGCUGUCAUCGUUGCCACUAUUGCCGCGGUGAUCAUCUCCCUCUGCACAACACACAAGCACUCCAAGAUGUCAGCAAAGCAACAACCAAACAAGAAGAACAACAUCAUACUCCCAACAUCAUCCUCGCUGCGAGGAGACGUCGACAGCCGCCGGAGUCUGCUUGCAAGUCUAAGCAAUGUGGGAAGCAAAGCCGCGGUUAUCACAAAGCUGAUAUCAUGGAAGAGCGAUGACUGUGAAGGCGGUGGUGAGGUGGCAGAGGAGCAGGUGGUGGCAGAGGAGAGCGACGAGGAGGCGGCGCUUUGGAGGAAGAGCAUCAUCAGGGGUGGGAGAUGUCGGCCGUUGGAUUUCUCCGGGCAGAUUCUUUACGACAUCAACGGGAAUCAGCUGCGGCCACCACAGGGCGGCGGUGGUGCUGGAAAGGUUUGAAACUGAUGGAGUCUACCACGUCAUCAGGGACCGAGCCAGUUAAAACACAAUGCAUGAUAAGGGAUUAUAUUGUUGAAGAAGUGGUUAGACUAAUAACCUUUCUGCAUCAACAUAGUCGCUGAAGAAGUGCGAGCGUGGAGGAGUAUAGUCUUAAUAUAUAUAUAUAUAUAUAUAUAUAUA